CCAUGCUCGCCCUCAGGACUGCGCUGGGCGUGACUGACACCACGUGGGAUACCACAGUGCCGUGCAAGAUCGCGGGGCAGAGCACCACUUUCACAAACUGGGAUGGUGUGCUCUGUGACAGCACUGGGAGUGUCGUCAGCCUAGGCUUAUUAAACUCAAACCUCAAGGGCUUACUUCCAUCGGAAAUCUCCACGCUCACAGCUCUCACCUUCCUCUCUCUGCAGGGCAAUCUCCUCAACUACCGCCUUGAUACCUUCGCCUCAUACCUUCAAUCCUUGACAACGCUCGCCGACAUCCGCCUGCACUACAACUACUUGUUCGGGGAGAUCCCCUCGUAUCUCGUCGGCCUCCCCAAACUCACGCAGUUUGGCGCUGCCGCCAACUACCUCAUCGGCACCGUGCCUGCACUCGCCUCCGGUCUGCGCACGCUGGACCUGCGGUUCAACUUCCUCACGGACCUGCCAGCAGUGACCUACACGUGGUGCGGCGGCAACAACAACUGCCUCACCACGCCCUCCAAGUGCGCCUCUGUGGGCUCGGCUCAGCGGCCUGUGACUGACUGUGCCUUCUGCAACACCACCAAGGGCGUGGGGCCCUUCUGUGUGGGGCCGGGAGGAGUGUGCACGCUUGAGGGGAAUGCGGCUGUGGCUGCGGGCAUCCUGAACUCGUUCACUCAGCCCGUGAUCCCCCUCGCGUGCAUGGUGCCGCCAGUGCCCCUCAAAGACACCUCAGCCAUGCUGGCCCUCAAGUCUUCGCUCGGCGUCACCUUCACCACGUGGGAUGCCACCGUGCAGUGCAAGCUCGCAGGGUUUGCCACCACGGCCACAGUCUGGAGCGGCGUGCUGUGUGACGGCAAUGGCAGUGUCGUGAGCAUAGCUCUGAACAACGCUAAGCUCAAGGGUUCACUUGCAACGGAUAUCUCCACGCUCACAACUCUCACCUACCUCAACCUGCAGGGCAAUCUCUUCAACUACCGCCUUGACUCCUUCGCCACUUUUCUUCGCCUCUUGCCAGUGCUGGCCGACAUCCGCCUGCAUUACAACUAUUUCAUUGGAGACAUCCCCUCGUUUCUCGUGAACCUCCCAAAGCUGACUCAGUUUGGUGCAAUGUACAACUACCUGACUGGCUCUGUACCCGCACUCGCCUCAGGGCUGCGCUCUAUAGAAGUGCGAAGCAACUUCCUCACAGACGUGCCCACAGCCAACUACACAUACUGCGGCGGCGCGGGCAACUGUCUGCUCACGCCCUCCAAGUGCGCCAGUGGCGCCGCUGGCUCCACCCAGCGUUCCGCCGCGGAUUGUGCCUUCUGCGGCACCAGCAACGGCGUGGGCCCCUUCUGCUGGAGUGCGGGGGGAGUGUGCACGCCGGAUGUGGCAGCAUCCGUGGCUGCAGGCGUGGUGAACCUGCCUACGGAGCCCACGCGGCCCAUGUCGUGUGUGGGCAGCCCCGUGGUGCCCAUCAAAGAAAUCGGAGUGAUGCUGGCGCUCAAGUCAUCGCUGGGCAUGUCGUCCAGCACGUGGGGGGCGUAUGUGCCGUGCACCAUCAAGGGCACCACUGCACCCGUGCCCACGUGGGCCGGCGUGCUCUGCGACGCUGACGGCAACGUCCUGAAAAUAGAGUUGUUUAACACGGGGCUGACGGGAGACAUCGCUGCCGACAUCUCCAAGCUCACUGCCCUCUCCUUCCUGUCGCUCUACAAGCAGCUCUUCCAGGCGCCCCUAGCCGGCUUCACCUCCAACCUUUACGGGCUCAGCAAUCUCAAGGAGCUCUACCUGCAGUACAACUGGCUCUACGGCACUGUGCCCACUGCGAUCGUCAACAUGCCCUCGCUCACCUCGCUUGGGCUGGGCUACAACUACCUCACGGGCAGCUUCCCAGCAGGGACUAGUGUGAGGGCUCUGGACCUGCGGGCCAACUUCUUCUACACCAUGGGAAGCAUGAGCCUCAUCUGGUGCGACGGCCACACCAACUGCUUCACCAACCCCUCUGUCUGCGGCAUGGCUGGCACCGUGCAGCGCCCCGCAGCACAGUGCGCCAUCUGCGGCACCACCAACGCGCAGCCGCCCUUCUGUGGCGGCGUCAGCAUCUGCGCACCCGACUCUAUUGCCGCCGCUGCGGCGGGCACGCCCAAUAUUAUCGGCUCGCCCACGCUACCCAUGGUGUGCAGUGGCGUGCCCAUCGAUGCUGCUGACGCGGUGGUGCUGCUGGCGCUCAAGUCGUCGCUGGGCGUGACGCUGAGCAACUGGAACACGGGCUCGCUGUGUGCGCAGGACGGCCAGCCGCUGCUGACCGCACAGUGGGGCGGCGUGCGCUGCACCGCUGCCGGCAAAGUCACGAGCAUUGCACUCACACGGCAGAAGCUGCAGGGCUCCAUUCAUCCCGACAUCUCCAAGCUCACCACGCUCACAUACCUUGACUUCGGCUACAAUCUCUUCCAGGGCCGUCUGGAUCUCUUUGCUGCGCCUCUCAAGCCCCUCACCACCCUCAAGGCGCUCUUCUUCCAUUACAACUAUUUCGCUGGCUCCAUUCCUUCCGCCUUCGCCACACUGCCUGCACUCACUUCACUCGGCCUCUUCUCCAACUACCUCACGGGCACAAUGCCCAUCCCCACCAAGACCCUGCUCGCGCUGGACGUGGGCUUUAACUUCCUCUCGGGCACCUUCCCGAAGCUGCCGCUCAUGUUCUGUGCGGGCGACAACAACUGCUUCCUCAAUUCCACCGCCUGCCGCACCUACGGCAUCGUGCAGCGCCCUGCCGGCGCCUGCGCCAUCUGCGGCACCGCUGCCGGCCAGGGCGACCUCUGCUUCGGCGGUUCCUGUGCUCCCAGCGCUGCUGCUGCUGUCAGCGCUGGCACUGUCAACUCGCCUAACCAGCCUAUUCUGCCCAUGGCAUGCGCAGACAAUCCUGCCGCACCAAUGGAUACGGGCUCAGCGCUUGCACUGCUGAACGUGAAGUCAGCGCUGGGAGUGACGUUCACCAGCUGGCUGGCUGCAUCGCCCUGCGCCAUUGCCAACGCCUCGAUAACCAUCGGAGGCACCUGGACCGGCGUGCUCUGCUCCUCUGCUGGCGCCGUCCUCAGCGUCAACCUCUCCUCCUCCGCCCUGGCUGGCAGCAUGCACUCGGACAUCUCCAAGCUCACCGCCCUCACCUACCUUGACCUCUCCAACAACUUCCUGCUAAGCGGCCUUGCGAGCUUUGCCUCCUCCUUCUCGGGCCUCAAGUCGCUUCAGCAGCUGUCAGUGCCUCUUCUCUACCCUCACCACUCUCGAACAUCCAUCUUGAAUCCGUGGUGCUCUCACGUUGCUCUUACGGUGCUCUCUCUCAUGUUGCUCUCGCUCAUGUUGCUCUCGUUUGUGUUGCUCUCACUCGUUGUGCAUUCAUCUCUGCCUCUUGCUUUGCUCUGUUCUCCCUCUCUCCUCUCCCCCCAGGCGCCUCAACAACAACUGGUUCUCGGGCUCCCUGCCUCAGACCCUCAUGUCUCUUCCCGCCCUCACGCUUCUGUAAGGGUCCAAAACACAUGCACACGUGACCAUCCUGUUUCCGCAUGGAUGCCCCUCUCCACCAGCCAUUGCAUUCACCUGUCCCCUGCCUCUGAACCCCCCCUCCCCUUCACCAUGCAUGUUCUUCACCUGUCCAUUGCUUGCUUCUUCUCUCCUCCCUCCCCCUCUUCAAACCCCUCCCCCCUCCAUCCGCAUCCACCCAAUCCCCCCUCCACUGGCACAACAGGGAUCGCCGCCGCGUGUGGCGCCAGCAGCACCACUCAGAGGGCUGCUGCUGCGUGUGACAUCUGCAACAGUGCAGCGGCGCAGGGGCUGCUGUGCUGGGGCGGCAUGUGCCUGCCCGAUGUCACCGCCACCACGGCCCACCCUGACGGGCUGGCCCCGCCUACCAUGUCUUGCUCUGGGGCUCCGGUGAUCAACAUAAACUCUGUCGAUGCUGCUGCGCUGGCGGCGCUGAAGAGUGCGAUGGGGGUGACGUUCACAACGUGGGUGGAAGCCACCUACUGCACCGUGGCGCCCACCGCCAUCAUUCCCGGCACGUGGAACGGCGUGCUCUGCAACUCGGGCGGCAGAGUCGUCAGCCUCACGAUUGGCUACAACUAUCUGACGGGAGCGCUGCCGAACGUGACAUCGCCGCUGGCAGUGGUGGACGGCCGGCUGUGCAGCGGCGGGCUGUGCACCGUCAACGCCACGGACCUGGUGGCACUCGGUGCUCCCAACAGCGCCGCGUCGCCCACACUUCCUCUCAUCUGCGUGGGCGCGGCGUUUGUGGCGAUGGACUCGGUGCAAGCGGGCGCCAUGCUGAACCUCAAGGCGUCGCUGGGCGUCACUUUCACCGACUGGAAGGCCGACUCGCCCUGCUCCCUGCCUGGUGCCGUUGCUGCUGGGUCGUGGAGUGGGGUUACCUGUGACGCCACCGGCAAAGUGCUGGGCAUAGUGCUGAGUUCCCAGAAGCUGGCGGGCAGCAUCCACUCCGACAUCUCCAAGCUUUCCAUGCUCACCUCACUGGACCUGCAGUCCAACCUGCUGCAGGGGCGCCUGGACUCCUUCACUGCCAGCAUCAAGACACCCCUCGUGCUCAAGGAGCUCGCUCUGCAGUUCAACUACCUCAUCGGUCCAUUCCCCUCCGCGCUACUCGCCCUCUCCACUCUCUCAAAACUCUCCGUGGCCUACAACUACCUCACGGGUCCCUUCCCCACCGUGCCAGCAUCCGCCAAGUCGCUGGACGUGCAGGGAAACUUCCUGUCGGGUUCCUUCCCCACCAACGCGCUCACCUACUGCGCCGCCACCACCAACUGCCUCACCGACGCCAACAACUGCGCCUCCCUCGGCAUCACGCAGCGCACCGCUGCAGACUGUGCCAUCUGCGGCACCCCCUUUGGCCAGGGCACGCUGUGCGGCGGCGUCACCUGCCUUGUCAACACCACCGACAUUACGGCACCUCCCACUGCGUCGUCUCCCGCUCGCAAUCUCUACUGCACGCCAGUUGCUUUGGACACCAACACCACCACAACGCUGCUGGCGCUGAAGACGGUGCUGGGAGUGACGGCCACGGACUGGAGUGCAACGACGGUGGUGCUGCAGCCCAAGGCGCUGAAGAGCAGCAGCGUGCCCCUCGCCACCACUGUGGGCGCCUGCACCGUCGAGGGGCAGACCCCUGCUCCCGGCUCCUGGACCGGCGUCUUCUGUAACACCGCCGGCGCCGUUGUUGCCCUGGUGCUGCCCAACCAGAAGCUGACUGGAAGCCUGUCGGCGGACGUCAGCAAGCUCACAGCUCUCACCGCUCUCUCCGCAAUGGCUGCCUUGCCGUUGUGCGGCGGCGGCCUCUGCACGCCCAACUCUGCUGCGCCCGCCGCUGCCGGCACGCCCAACACGGAUGGGCAGCCGCUGCUGACGAUGUACUGCCAGGGCGGCCCCAUGGAUGCGAGCAUGCUGGGCGCCAUGCUCAACCUCAAGGCGUCGCUGGGCGUCACUCUCACCAGCUGGGCUAACACGGCGCCGUGCAACAUUGCAGGGCAGAUGGCCGUGGUGGGGGCGUGGGCGAAAGUGUAUUGUGAUACGGCGGGCAAGGUCAUAAGCAUCGACCUCACGGAGCAGCUGUUGAAGGGCAGCAUGCAUGCUGACAUCACCAAGCUCACCACUCUCACCUCGCUCGUGCUGGACAGCAACAUGCUGCAGGGCCGCCUGGCCUAUUUCACCUCGGGCUUCAAGGGGCUCUCAGCGCUCAAGAUAUUCUCGGCACGUUUGAACUUCUUCGCGGGCCCGCUGCCCACCGCGCUGCUCAAUCUCCCCACACUCACCAGCCUCGACGUGAGGUACAACUACCUCACAGGCACCGUGCCCACCGCCAUAGGCACGGCACUCAAGACCCUGUCCAUUGCAGGCAACUUCCUGGUAGGCACCAUCGGCACAUUCCCCGGCGUCACGUGCUCGGCGGCUGUCAACUGCCUCACCUCCCAAGGCGGGUGCACCUCCGGUGGCACUUUCAACCGUGCCGGCUGUAACAUCUGCGGCAGCGCCGAUGGCCAGGGCACUCUCUGCGGCGGCGGGCUGUGCGUGCCGAACGCCACAGCGGCAGUGGCAGCCAAUCAGACCCCCACGCUGUCCACGCCCGUCAUGCCCAUGUACUGCACCGGCGUCAUCAUUGAUGCCGCAUCAGCCGCGGUGCUGAGCAACAUAAAGGCAGCGCUGGGAGUGACCUUCACGGACUGGACGCCCCCCGCCGCGCUGCUCAAGCCCAAGGCGGCAGGAAGCAGUGGCAGUGGCAGUGUGGCGCUGACGGACUGGCUGGUCACGGGUGGCUACUGCACCGCGGACGGGCAGACUCCCAUUCCCGGCACGUGGUCUGGCGUGUUCUGCAACUCCCUCGGCCAGCCCGUCAGCCUGAAGCUGGACAAUCAGAAGCUCACCGGAUCGCUCCCUUCUGACAUCAGCAAGCUCUCCACGCUCACCAUGCUGGAUGUGAGCUCCAACUUCUUCCGAGCACUCAUCGACUCUUGGGCCUCGCCGAUUAAGUCGCUCACCAACCUGCUCUCGCUCCGCCUCAACAACAACUAUCUCUACGGCUCCGUGCCCCUCUGGCUCGUCUCCUUCUCCAAGCUCACCAACCUCGAGCUGAGCAUGAACGCGCUCACCGGCACGUUCCCGUCACCCAUCUCCACCGCACUGAAGCGUCUCAUGGUGGACCAGAACUUCAUGGCAGGAACCUUCCCGGCCAACAGCGCCACGUACUGCACGGCCUACUACAACUGCAUCACCACCUACACCACCUGCCCCGCAGUCUACCCGAACCUACCGAUUCCCAGCUUCGGCUGCCAGAUCUGCGGCAUGACGGACGCCCUGGGCACGGCGUGCAUGGGCAACCCGUGUGUUCCCAUCACGCCCACGCCCAUCACGGCGGUCAACAAGUGGAACCCCGUGCCUGUCAUGCGCUGCGACCCCGUGCCCAUCCAAGCCGCUCAAGCGUCGGCGCUGCAGGCGAUGGUACCGGGGCUGUGGACGCAGCCGACGUGCACCAUAGCAGGGCAGGCAUACAUCAGCGGCACACUGCCCCGGAUCUUCUGCAACCCCUCCGGCAUGGUCCUCGACAUAGUUCUCAACGGUGUCAGGGCAUCGGGUUUCUUCCCUACUGACGUCGUGAAGCUCUCCAUGCUCUCCAGACUGGACCUGUCGGUCAACCUCUUCUCCAACCGCCUCGACACCUUCCUCGCGCCCUUCAUUCCCCUCAAGUCCCUCGUCUCCCUCCGUCUCCACCAGAACUACUUCUCGGGCUCCUUCCCAGCCAACAUCUCCGCCCUCACUGCCCUCACAGAACUGCGCCUGAACCUGAACUACCUGACGGGCAGCAUGCCGGCAGCGCUGCCAGCGACCCUAAAGGCAAUCGACCUGUCAAACAACUACCUGGUGGGCACCUUCCCCACCACCACCGCCACCUCCGUCGCCUGCGCCAGCAACUGCCUGCAGGACGCCUCCAAGUGCCUCGCCGCCUCCACCCAGCGCGCUGCAGGUGGCUGUGCCAUCUGUGAGACUCCCGACGCCACGGGCAGGAUGUGCGGCGGCGGCACUUGCACGCCCAACGCCACGGCACUCAUUGCGGCCAACACCGUCAACGCGGACACAGCGUCGCUCUACUGCCUCGGCGCCACCAUGGAUCCCGUCAUGGCGGCGGCGCUGCUGAACAUGAGGGCUGGAGCGAGCUACAACUACCUGUACGGGUCCAUGCCCACUCCAGGCGCGGCACUCAAGGCCAUUGCCCUAGAUGGCAACUGGCUGUCGGGCACCUUCCCCGGCGCCGGCUUCUCCUCCUGCUCCGCCACCGCCAACUGCCUCGCCAGCAUCGGCGCCUGCACCACACUCGGCACCGUGCAGCGCGAUGCGACUGCCUGUCCUGUCUGCGACACGCUGGACGGCUCGGGCACCGUGUGUGGCGGCGGCACCUGUGCGCCCGACACAACUGGGCCUCUCGCCAGCAGCACUCCCAACAGCGCCACGGCAGCAGUGCUGCCGCGCUUCUGCGUGGGCGUGCCACUGGAUGCAACUCAGGGCAACAUCCUGUUAGCUCUCAAGACCACGCUGGGAGUCACCUUCUCUGACUGGACCGCCGCCACGCUCGCCGCCCCCAAGGCCACCUCGCCCAAGCCCAAGGCCGGGAAGCGGCGCGAGCUGCAAGGAAGGGGGUCAGGGCUGCUGUACGACUGGAAGGCGGUGGGGUCGUGCACCAUCGAUGGCCAGACGCCCAUCGCUGGGUCAUGGACCGGCGUGCGCUGCUCUCCGCUUGGCCAGAUCGUCGGCCUGGACCUGAGGAGCCAGCUGUUGAGUGGCACAGUGCACUCCGACAUCAGCAAGCUCUCCACCCUCACCUCGCUGCGGCUGUCAUCUAACCUCUUCUUCAAUCGCCUUGACUCCUACAUCGUGCCCAUCACCUUCAUCAACUUCAACUGGUUCUACGGCACUGUCCCCACCACGAUCGUCAACAUGCUGGCCCUCACCUUCCUCGUGCUGAGCAACAACUACCUCACGGGCACGCUGCCCAAGCCAGCAGCCACACUCAAGGGUCUCGACACGGAGUACAACUUCCUCUCUGGCACCUUCCCCGCCGCCUCGCUUGCCUUCUGCUCCGCCCGGGCCAACUGCUUCCUCGAUGCAUCGGCCUGUGUGAACAUCGAUGGCACCGCGCAGAGGGGCGCGGGCUGCAACGUGUGUGCGUCGCCCAAAGGGCAGCUGCCGCUGUGUGGCGGGGCGGUGUGCACUCCUGAUCCCUCGGCGUAUUUGGCAUCUAAAGUGCCAAACAGCGCCACCGCGCCCACCCUCGCCCUCAAGUGCCCUGCUUUCCCCCUCGACGCUGCCACCUCGUCGGCGCUGGUGAACAUCGGGGCGGCGCUGGGAGUGACGCACUCGGACUGGAGCACCAACAGCGUGUGCAACAUCCUCGGGCAGAACAUCGCCCCCAAGACCUGGCCGGGCGUCUGGUGCAGCGGCAGCGGUGCCGUCAUUUCCCUCAUUCUAAACAACCUGAACCUGCGGGGCACCAUCCAUGCGGACAUGACCAAACUCACCGGACUCACCUACAUGCAUCUGGGCUACAACCUGCUGUACGGUCGUCUCUCCACCUUCAUCUCCAACAUCACGCCGCUCACCGCCAUCGCCACCCUCAACCUCAACUUCAACUACCUCUAUGACAGCAUACCCUCCACGCUCUUCAACAUGGCAUCACUCACAACGCUGCGUCUGAGUGCCAACUACCUGACGGGCACGCUGCCAGCUGUGCCUGCCAAGCUCACCUACCUGGCCGUCAACCACAACUUCCUCGCCGGCGCCUUCCCCUCUCAAAACUUCCAGUUCUGCGACAUCCGAAACAACUGCUUCUCUGGCCUCGGCACCUGCUACAACGCCUACGGCGUUGCUCAGCGCACCUCCGGCUGCAACAUCUGCGGCACCGGCAACGCCGCCCCGCCCCUGUGCGGCGGCACUGUCUGCAUUCUCAACGCCACGGACGCUCUGGCGGCCGGCACUGUGAACGGCCUUGGGUCCAUUCCACCGCCCAUGUACUGCGCCCCUGUCACCAUUGACCCCACUGCUGCGCAAGUGCUGCUGGUGCUGAGGGCGGCGCUGGGAGUGACGCAGAGCACGUGGCUGGUGGACUCGCCGUGCGACGUGGCGGGCAACCCGCCCAUGGCCACCAGCUGGGCGGGCGUCGGCUGUGAUGUCACCGGCCAAGUCGUGCAGCUGGAGCUGCCCGGCAACCUGCUACGGGGGAAUCUGCCUUCUGACGUGUCCAAGCUCACUGGCCUCACUCGCGUCAACAUGGCACUGAACCUGCUGGAGGCUCGCCUCAUCGAGUGGGCCUCGCCUCUCUCCUCACUCAAGUCGCUCCGCCACCUCGCUCUCAACUACAACUGGUUCUCCGGCCCUCUGCCAUCCUAUCUGCUCACUCUCUCCUCCCUCACAACGCUCGUCGGCACCUCCAUUCAGCGCGCUGCUGCCGACUGUGCCAUCUGCGGUGCUGCGAAUGCGUCCACGGUGCUGUGUGGUGGGGGAGUGUGUGCGCCCAACACCGCGACACAGCUCGCCACCAAGACGCCUAACGGCCCCUCCCUGCUCGUGCUGCCACUCGUCUGCACUGGCGUCCUGCCUAUCCUGGCGAACAUGAAGACGGCACUGGGAGUGCCACACCAGGAGUGGGGAGUUGGGACGCUGUGCACGGUGACCAACCAGUUGAAGGGCCCCAACGACAUGUGGGGGGUGUACUGCAACGCACAGGGCACCGUCGUGGACUUCUACCUCAAGCAGCGCUUCAUGCGUGGCGUCAUGCACCCCGACAUCUCCAAGUUCACCGCUCUCACCGCCCUCGACCUGUCGAGCAACUUCCUGUCGGGCCCCUUGGACCCGUUCAUCUCGCCGCUCACCGGCCUCACCGCCCUCAAAUACCUGGUGAUGAGUUACAACUUUUUCUCGGGCUCCAUCCCCUCCACCAUCUCAGCCAUCAAGAGCCUCUACAUGCUGAGCCUGGGGUGGAACUACCUCACAGGCACGGUCCCGGUGCCAGGCACAGCACUGCAGGUGCUGGAUCUGGAGAACAACUGGCUGAACGGCAAGUUCCCCUCCACCGCCAACUGGUACUUCUGCACGGCGCGCGCCAACUGCUUCAACGACCCCACGCCCUGCAAGAACAACAACAACCAGGGCAUCACGCAGCGGCCCUCGUGCGCUAUUUGCAACAGCGCGGAUGCCACAGGCACCCUGUGUGGCGGCACAGUUGCCUGCCAGCCUGACCCGGCUGCCGUGAAGGCUGUUACGGCCGUUCCAACGACCUCCACCCCCGUGCUCGCCCUCACCUGCCCACCUGUUCCGCCUGUCACCACCGACGCCACUGCAGCAUCGGCGCUGAUGAACAUCAAGACGGCGCUGGGAGUGACGUACACCAACUGGGCGGCCUCCUCCACCUGCAAUGCUGUCGGCAGCUCCGGCGGUGGUGGCUUCUCCGGCGUUGAGUGCAACAGUGCGGGCCAGCCCGUCAAGAUGUGA